CCUUACAGGCGAAGGAAGGAAACGAUAGCGUGGGUUUGCAGCCAUUUUUGGAAUGUAAGAUUGCUGGGAAUGAAUUGGGUGUUUCGGAAUUCAUUCCCUUUUGUAAUCCAAAGUAAUGGGUUUGCUGUCAAACAAGAUCGACAGGGACCAUCUCAAACCUGGUGAUCAUAUCUAUUCAUGGAGGAACGCUUACCUCUAUGCCCAUCACGGGAUAUAUGUCGGUGAUGGAAAGGUUAUCCACUUCACUCGGGCAGCUGGGCGGGAAAUUGGCACAGGAACUGUGUUAGACCGUUUCAUUUUCAGCUCAUCUCCAUCCCAUUCAUCAGAGAAUCCCUGCACUAGUUGUGAUGAACCAUCGGGGCGUGAUGGUGGUGUCAUGUCUUCUUGCCUAGACUGUUUUUUGUCCGGUGGCGAUCUGUACCUCUUUGAAUAUGGUGUCAAUCCAGCCUUUUUUAUUGCCAAAGCCAGAGGAGGUACCUGUACCCUUGCCUCAUCUGAUCCAUCUGAAGAUGUCCUUCACCGUGCCUUUUUCCUUCUCCAGAAUGGUUUUGGCAGCUACUGCCUUUUCAAAAAUAAUUGUGAAGACUUUGCAAUUUAUUGCAAAACAGGUUUGCUUGUGUUUACUAGCCUUAGUGUGGGAAGGAGCGGGCAGGCUGCCUCCAUUUUCUCUGCAGCAAGUGCUAUUGCUUGUUCACCGGCUCGAUAUUUGACUACUACUUUUAGUGGUCUGAGUGCUUUCGGUGCUGGAAUUUACUGUCUCCACCGAUUGGUUUGUGAUAUUGGAAUCCGCCGUGAUGUUUCAAAAGUCCCAGUGGAGAGGCUCGUUGAUCGGGUUGGCUUAGUGGAGUCAGCGGUUGCAACUGACGUGGUCAAGCAAGACUAAUUUAUGUGGAAAUAGUAGUUGUGUGGCUUGUUAAAGAACGAUAUUAAUGUAACAUUUUAUCACAUUGUACAGGGUGCUUGUACUUGGAUGUAUGGAUUUGAUUUGAUUUAAUUUAUAAAUAUGAGAACAAUA